GUUGUAGUUCAGCUUCGAGCUCGGCCGGCGAAACUUGGCCUGGCGGGCUCCUAGAUACCUUUGUCGCCUGGCCCGGGCUUCCUCCCCGUCGAGCAGGAGGUCGAGCCUGUUGUCGAGGAGGGCUGAACGCGGGGCCUUCCAAGUCUGAGUGGCCGGAAGGAGGGCGGCGGGAGGGCCCCGGGGUGGCGCCAGGCUGCCCUGUGAGAUUCGCGCGCGCGCGGUCCCGGGCCUCCGAGUGCACCAGAGCGGUGGACACCCUGGGUCCCUCGCGCUUUCGCUGCUCCCUUCUCCCGCGGCAUUCGUCACCUGCGUGGGCCGGGGGAGGGAGUAGCCAUGGAGCCUGGGGCAGAGGUGACAAGUAGCUAUGUACGGCAGUAUCUUCAAGUUUACCACAAGGCAAGAGUAAUCAUCAUGGCUCCUGACUCCACUUGUAGGGUUACUUUCUGAGGACUCACACCUUUUCUAUGCUGGAGAAAAUGGCAUGACCACGGUGCUACUGACCCCUGCCUGCAUCCCAGGGCUUCCAAUUUCCAAGCAUGAUGUCAUUCCUCAGUUGGAGUGUGGGGAGGAGCUAGAGAGAGAAAUAUCAAAAGCGUCAGACUGAGAGACAAGACCAGAAGGCAAGGAGCUUACUCUAGAACAGAAUAUUUCUGAGGAAGAACCAGCCCCUGGUGUGUUACUAGAAAGAUUUCCAAAGGAAAGUUCCAGUGAAUGUGAAGAUUCUUUAGAGAGUCAGCAGGAGAACCAUGAGAAACAUUUAAUACGGGAGGCUGUCACUCAGAAGAAAUCUUCUGGGGAGAGACGUUACCAGUGUGAUGAAUUGGGGAAAAGUUUUAGUCACAGGUCAUCCCUUACCCAGCAACAAGGAGGGAGACUACAUAACUGUGAUUCAUUUAAAAAGAACUUAAAAUUCAGAUCUAAUGAGGCACGAGAAGAUUUGUGCCGAGAAGAAACCUUGGAAGUGUAAUGAGUGUGAGAAAGCCUUUAGUUACUACUCAGCUUUUGUCUUGCAUCAGAGAAUUCACACAGGAGAAAAGCCCUAUGAAUGUAACGAGUGUGGGAAAGCUUUUAGCCAGAGCAUACACCUUACUCUGCACCAGAGAGUUCACACUGGAGAGAAACCCUACGAAUGUCACGAAUGUGGGAAAGCCUUCAGUCACCGCUCUGCUCUCAUUCGCCACCAUAUCAUCCAUACUGGAGAGAAGCCCUAUGAGUGCAGUGAAUGUGGGAAGGCCUUUAAUCAGAGCUCAUACCUCACUCAACAUCAGCGAAUUCAUACUGGAGAAAAACCUUACGAGUGUAACGAGUGUGGGAAGGCCUUUAGCCAGAGCACAUUCCUUACCCAGCAUCAGGUCAUUCACACUGGAGAGAAACCCUAUAAGUGUAAUGAAUGUGGGAAGGCCUUUAGUGAUCGAUCAGGCCUUAUUCAGCACCAGAGAACUCAUACUGGGGAGAGGCCUUAUGAGUGUAAUGAGUGUGGGAAAGCCUUUGGCUACUGUUCAGCCCUGACUCAACACCAGAGAACUCACACUGGGGAGAAACCCUAUAAAUGCAAUGAUUGUGCCAAAGCCUUCAGCGACCGCUCAGCCCUUAUUCGUCAUCAGAGAACACACACUGGAGAGAAACCUUACAAGUGUAAGGACUGUGGAAAAGCUUUCAGCCAGAGCUCAUCUCUUACAAAGCAUCAGAAAACUCACACUGGAGAAAAGCCCUAUAAGUGUAAGGAAUGUGGAAAAGCCUUCAGCCAGAGUUCAUCCCUUUCUCAACAUCAGAAAACUCAUGCUGGGGGGAAAACCAAAGAAUACGGAAAAGCCUUUAGUGAGCAUUCAGCCUUUGGCCAGCAAAAGAGAAUUCAUACUGGAUAGAGACCAUGUAGAUGUGGUACCUUUAGAGCAUAUUUAGCAGACAGUUACUAAGCGUCAUGUGAGGGCUACAAAUGAAGUUCAGAGUGUGUCAUGCAAAUGAUACUGAGAAGUCAUUGCUGAUACAUAGCAUACUUAGGAUGUGAAGGAGAGGUUUGACAUUUUUCCGGUGCAGCAGAGGACUUUAAAUUUCCUUGGGGAAAGAGAAUGAUUAUUUCCAACACCUUAAGGUGUAUGUAAGCUUCCAAAUCCUUGGGAGAGAAACAGGGUGUGUGGUGAUGCAAAGAAGGCAUCUUGUCUGGGCUGGAUAGUCUCUUAAUGCUAAGGAGACGAAGCUUUAAAGAGUUGAGGGGGUUCUUUAGGGAAAUUGCAGAGGCAGAUAUAAGAGAUUAAGAAUUCACAAGUUGGUCCAGGGUUGGGAGUGGCGGUGGAAGGGAAGUGGUCCUCUGGCUUAAGUAUAGGGUCACUUGGGAGAUAGAUGAGAAGGAUCGAGAAAAAGGACUGGGGGAAUGAACUCAAGAGAUGUUGAUUGCAGUAACUACCCAAAUGAGUGCUAAACCAGGGAAAGUAUUAGACACGUUAGUUGGCCAGGUGCAGAGUUUCCGCCCCAACACCAAGGAACGUCGGCGUGCCGGUCUGCUGCCGCUCUCUUUGUUUCGGAGACCUUGCUUACUGAUUCACAGCCUGCUAAGAAUCGUACUAACUCCAGAGGUCAAGACUGACAGUCUAGAAAGAGAAGGUACAGAAGGGACCUUUGAUGUUUUCAGUCUAUUUUAAGCUACCUAUUUUAAGCUAAGUUACCUGAGGAUGUGUUUAUUUAUAAAGAUUUUACCUCAAUUGUAUGUAGUUUGUACUUUAGACUUAUCCAUAAUCACAUUAAGUUGUAGACCUGAGCUGACACUGCAUAUUAGUUUGUGAAAUUUGGUAAGACUUUGAUAUACCUUUCACCAUUUUAUUCUUGGGUAGAGGCACAGGACAGCCAUAUAUAUAUAUAUAUAUAUAUAUAUUUUUUUUUUUUUUCAUUGAAACUUUGAAGGUUAUUGCACAUAUUUUGAGUAUUUUGUUUUUAGUUUUCACAAGUUUGAUGAUGUGUCUUGAUGUGGAUUUCUUUGAGUUUAUCCUGUUUUCUGAACUUCAGUCUGUAGGUGUAUGUGUUUCACGACAUUUGGGGCAUUUUUACCCAUCAUUUCUUUGAACACAUUUUCCAGCCCUCACUCCUCUCCUUCUAGGACCCUGAUGACACACAUGUUAGAUCUUUGAUUGUAGUCCCACAGGUUCCUGAGGCUCUGUUCUUCUUCUGUUUUGUUUUUUUUUUUCUCCCCCCGCCCCUACCCAGAGUAUAUUUUUACCUUGAUGUCCUCAGGCUACCAUAACAAAAUAAUCUAGAAUGGGGAGCUCAAACAACAGAAAUGAAUUUCUUACAGUUUUGGAGGCUGGGAAGUCCAAGAUCAAGCUGUCAGCUUUGGCCCCUGGUGAGGGCUCUUUUCCUGGAUUGCAAAGGGCCACCUUGCUGUGUCCUCACGAGGCCUUUUUUUUGGUGCUUUCAUGGGAAAAGAGAGCUCUCUCUCUUCUAUUUCCUAUAAAGCUGCCAGUCCUAUCUGGUUAGGACCCCAGCCUUAUGACCUCAUUUAACCUUAGUUACCUCUGAGAAUCCCUGUGUCCAAAUACAAUUCACACUGAGAGUUAACACUUCAAUAUAUGAAUUUGGGGGGCACACAAUUCAGUCCAUAGCAUUCUGCCCCUGGCUCCCCCAAAUUCACAUUCAUGCAAAAUACAUUUGCUCCAUCCCAACAACCCCUCAAAUCUUAACUCAUUCCAACAUCAAGUCUGAAAUCUUACCUAAAUAUCACAUAAAUCAGAUAUGGGUGAGGCUUAAGGUAUAAUUUAUCCUGAGGGAGAAUUCUUGUUCAGCUGCGAACCUGUGAAACCAGAUAAGUUAUAUGCUUCCAAAAUAGGAUUGUGGGACAGGCAUGUGAUAGAUAUUCUCAUUCCAAAAGGGAGAAAUAGGAAAUAAGGAAGGAGUGAGAGGUCCCCAGCGAGUCCAAAACCCAGCAAGGCAAACUCCAUUAAAUCUUAGGUCUUGAGAACAAUCCUAUUUGGCUGGAUACCCCACCUUCCAGACCCACUGAGACAGUGAUACCACCUUCUGGACCCACUGGUCAGCAGUCUCCGCACCAAGUCUCUGCUGGGUAGUCCUGCCUCCAGAACUUUGUUGGCAUCUGUGGCAGCUGGCCUGUUGAAACUUAGGUGACAUCCCCAUCCUUUGACACAGGAGGCAGUGAUGAUCCUGAAAUUGACUUGAGUCAUUCUUUUUUUUUUUUUUUUUUUUUAAACAUAGAGCAUGUUUGUGUUUGUGGCUGAGUAGCUUUAUUGUCCAGUACUGUAGGAUCUGAGAGUCUUCCUCCAUUUGUCUACUUUUUCUGUCCCUUGAGUCCCAGCUGGCGUGUUUCUGCUGGUACCAUCCCGGCUUCUGUGGAGAUGGCUGAACUUAAUCACACCCAUGAGUCACACCCCUGUUCUCUUUUUCAGAUGGUUGUUCAGCCACACCCUUGGCGUUCUCUGCAGAACAGGCUUUCUCAUAUUUUGCAAUAUGGGUGGACAGAAUUUUCCAAAUCUCUAAGUUCUAGGGUUUGGGGUUUUUGUUUUGUUUUUGCUUAACAAGUCCUUCAGUGUACCUCUCACCUCUCGCAUUUUGUUACAAGCAGUAAGGAGGGCCCAAGCUGCACCUCCAACACUUUGCUUGGAAAUCUGUGUUGAAUGUCUACAGUUUCUUUGCUCACAAGUUCUACCUUCCACAAAACACUGGAACUUUACAACAAGGAUUGCCUUCCAGUUUCUGAUAACGUGUUCCUCAUUUCUAUCUGAGAUUUCAUCAGAAUAGCCUUUAACAUCCAUAUUUAGAGUGUGCACCUCAAAACUCUGCCAACCUCUACCCAUUACCCAGUUCAAAGGUGCUUCCACAUCUUUAGGCAUCUGUUAGAGCCCAUCUUGUAGGUGCCCAAAUCUGUUAAUCUGCUUGGGGGUGCCAAAACAAAAUACCAUAGACUGGGGGGCUCAUAUAACAGAAGUUCAUUUCUCACCAUUCUAGAGGCUGGGAAGGCCAAGAUCAAGGUAUGCACUGAUUGGGUUUCUGAUAAGAGGUUUCUCUUCCUAGCUUGUAGAUGGCCACCUCCUUGCUGUGUCCUCACAGCUUUUCCUCUCUGCAUGCACGUGUGGAGAGUAUUCUAUCUUCUUACAAGGCUACCAAUCCUAUCAGCUUAAGACCCCAUACUUACAACCUCAUUUAACCUUAAUUACCUUCUGCAAACCCUGUCUCUAAAUACAGUCACAUUGGUUAGGGCUUCAGCAUGAAUUGGUGGUUGGGGGAUGGUUGACGCACAAUUCCAUCCACAGUAAUUUCUUUUCUGUUGUUCAGGUUGCGUAUUUUCUAUUGUUCUAUCUUCAACUUCACUAAUUCUUUCCUCUGCUCCUUCCCUUCUGAUGUUGACUCCAUCAUUGGGUUUUAUUUCAUUUCUAUUUUUCAGUUCCAUUUGAUUGUAUUCUACUUCUUUACUAAAACUCUUCUAAAAUCGCGUCAAGCAUGUUUGUCCUUGCUCAUUGAGGCAUUUUAUGGCGGCUAUUUUAAAAUCUUUUAUCAGGUAAUUCUAACAUCUGUGUCAUUUCAGUGUUGGCACCUGUGGGCUGUCUUAUUUGAGUUGAGAUUUUCCUUCUGUGUGCGCCGGCAAUAUUUAGUUGAAAUCUGGGCAUUUUGAGUGUUACGUUAUGAGACUCUGUUUCCUAUUUAAAGCUUCUAUUUGGGCAGGCCUCUUUGGAGAAAGGGUUGAGGGGUUACUGCUUAUUACUGUAAGUUGGUGUUGGAAGUGCAGGCUCAUCAUUGGCCUCUACUGACACCAGGAUAGGUGUCCUCACUACUGCUAGGUAGGGGUGGGAGUUAAAACUCCCUACCAGGCCUCUACUGACCCCACACCAGCGAGGUAGGGGAGAGACAUCUUGUCUCUGGGUAGCAUUGGAAGCCUUCUCCCCCAUGGUCUCCAUGGACACUGCCAGGGUGGGAUGGGGAAAGAGUUGGUUUGGAAAAUUCUGUCCUUACUUGACCUUCUCUGAUACCACUGUGAUGCAGAGGCGGAGCAUUGAGGAACCUUGUUACAGACUGGGGAGGUAGAAGUGUAGGCUCCCCAUUUGGUCUCAGCUCUUUGGCUGGAGUAGGAUGGGUAUUGUCUACAAGUUUUCCGUCUUGCUAGUCCACUUCUUUCCUCCUCCUUUGUUAAGAAAGAACAGAUUUUCUUGAGCCGUUUUUGUUUGUUUCAUUUUGUUUUGUUUUUUGUCUGUGCGCCUUGGCAUUUCUUCAUUGCCAGCUUCUUCAGAAUCCAGUCUGGGAUAGAUGAGGGCAAAGGAAAACCCAAGGGACUCAGUCUGUGUUGUUCUUCAGGCCCUGAGGUCCCCAGCCAGUUUGUAUUCUCCCCACCUUUCAGAAUCUUAACGUUGUUUUACAUAGAAUGUCCAUGGUUUUUAGCUAUACUUAGAGAAAUAGGGAAAAGCACUCCUACAUAUUUCCCACAACAUCCUUUCAUUUGACGCCAAAAUAGCAGGUCAAGUUGUCAGAGGUUUGUGGCAUACAGAGGUAUAUGCAACUAGUUAGGAUUAAGUACCAAGAGGAGUGCUCACUUGUCCCUCCAAUAUAAGUUGCCAGGUUGGUAGGUAGAAACUACCAGGCUGCAAGCUUCAUCUAGCUUUCAAGGAACUAUAGUGUUUAAGUUGAGGAAACAACUAGUAUUUAACUAUAGAUUACAAAUUUCAGAAGGAAAGGUAGGUUUGAUUAAGUACAUAAACAUAUGAACUAUUGUGUUAGUUUUUUUUAUUUAUAGCUUUGUUCCAAGAGCAUGUAAAAACCACUGGAGAAUUGAAUUCAGAAUUUUGGGAUUUUUUUUCUAUUAUAUAUUACAUGUAUAUAGAUAUCUGUUCAUUUAAAUUUGAUAUACAACACAGGAUAUCCUAGAGAACCAACUAAUAAAUGAAAAUAACUGGGAUUUGGGACAAAUCACUUCAUCCUUUUAGAUCUGUUUCCUCAUUUAUAUAUUUUUUUAAAAUGUAAUACCUCCUUCAGAGUGGCUAGAUUAUGUAGAUAAUGGAUGGAAAGUGAUUUGCAAGCUAUCAAGUGCUAUGUGAUAGGUAUCGUUGAUAUAGUCAUUUAUGACCUGUUCAUCAUGUAUGUUUUAUGAUGGUGUAGUCCAAUAAAAAUGAUGAGUAUAAUGGAAUCCUUUUAUAUUUUUUUA